GAGCAAAAAUCUAUAGAGCAAUAUGUACAUAAACAGAGUUUUAAAGAAAGAUAUUAAUACUCUAGAUUAAAUAUAAACAUAAUUUUACCCAAGCACACAGCACUUAAUUUAUUUCAUUCGCUCUCUUUAAACGCAUUCUGCUUCUUUUAGCCACAAAUGCGAACGCUGUUGAUGGGCUAAAAUCAACAGUUCUGUAGUUGCGCUGCGAUUGUCGAGGCGUGUUGUCGUUUUUCGGUGGAGCGUGUGCUUUAUAUUCUUAAUGAGACUGAAACUUAUGGACCAGUAGAUUAAAUUCAGUGUUUUGUUGUUUUUUUCACGUUGAAAUAUGCUUUAAUUAAAAUUACAAGUGUGCACAUGUACAGACAUUUUGCAACGAAUUAAGUGGCGAAUAAUUAAUUAAUUAAUUUUGUUGAGAAUCACUCGUUAAGUUCGCACGCUCGCUGGAUUGAUUGCAUUCUCGUUGAUUUGAGUUUCGUUGACUCAGCGCCAGUCGAGAGAUUUGCUAUGAUUUCGAAAACAUAGUCUUCGAAUCGCGCAUAUCGAAACAAAGUUGAUAUUGGUUGGGACCACCUAAAGAAGGAACGCACUCAACUUUUAAAUAUAUAUCCCCCAGUUCACAUGAAAGCAAGAAGCCAACCACGCAAUAGGCUUUGAUCGUCAUUCCAUAUCGCAGAUGCAUUCAUCAAGACCAAUAUGGACGCCAAUAAUCCACAAUUGUGUCGCAUUUGUAUUUCGUCGAGUUCCAGCUGUACUCAAAUGAUAUCUAUAUUCGGAGAAGACUCUUUAUGGCGGAAAAUUACGACUUUUGCAGAUGUCAAGAUUGAAAAAGGCGAUACUCUUCCUCAGCAAGUGUGCGUUACCUGUGCAAAGAAUGCUAUUUCGGCAUGUCUCUUCAAGAAGAAAUGUGAGGAUGCAGAUAACUUUUUCCGUCAGCAAUUGCUUAUACAAAAAAUUGAGGCGACGUCUGCAGGCGGGCGUGAAGCUUCCAAUUAUGUACAGGUAGAGAGGGAUGUGGGAUCAGUAGUGGAAACCACUUCUACCCACCGCAACUUAAAUCUGGCAAUACAGAGCAAAGAAACAAACACUGAGAAAGAGGAGAGUGACCAGGAAGAAGGCGAUAAGAUGCCUCUAUGUCAUGCUGAAAUGCAUAAUGGAAUCAAUAAUGGAAAAAUUCCUUUUGAUUUUAAUUCUAUACGUUUGAUGCAUGAGUAUAUGCAGCACCAACUGAGUAAAAUUACUGAAGCUCAUGGUGCGAGCAACAGUGCAGAAAGUGGGAGUGAAGCAGAGGCAGAUGAUGAUGAACCUCUUCCCCUUAUACCAGAAAUAGAAUUAAUUACACCAUCUGAUGAUAUGAAUGCUAAUGUAAAUGGUAACGACAUGGGAAAUAAUACAACCCCGAUGCGUGGUUAUCAGUGUCCAAGCUGCUUCCAAAUAUUUGAAAUGAAGCAAAUUUUAAAAGCACAUAUGCAGAGUGUACAUGGCACACCUGGACCAGUUUAUGAAUGCACGAACUGCAGAAAAACUUACUUUUAUAAAAGAUUCUUAGAGAAACAUGUUAGACGUGGACGUUGUGUUAAAAAACGUCGAAAUCAAACCCGUCCAAUGCAGUGCUCAGAUUGUCAUGUUCUUUUUCCGACUGGGCAUCAUCUCGGUUGGCACAAGCGGACUGGUUGUCCUUCUAAAGCUGCUAAAAUGCCCUUACAACAACUUUUUAAACAAAACAUUGUGCAAUAUAAUAACUUUCCCAAACGAAUUGGUAUAAGAAAACCUGAAAAUGCAAUAUAUAUACACAACAGAAAAGUUAUUAUGGCUGGGAAUAAACGUAAAGGGCGUACUCGCAUCAAAUUGGAUGCUAAGAAGAUUGCGUUAGCAAAGCAGUUAAUUUUGCGUGAAGCGACCACAACAGUGAUUGCCAACGAACUAAAUAUUUCUCGUACAUUUGCUUGGCGAUUACGAAAGAGUCUUGUGAAUGGUGUAAGCCUUCAUGAACGCGUCAUUGACCCAAAUGUAGAGGAUGCCACAGAAAUACUUCAAAUAAACAACGAACAAAAAAUGCAGAUUCCAGAAUUUCAUCAAACUGAAAUUGAUAUUAAAACAGAAAACAAUGAAAGUGAUAAUGAAGAAUCUGAGGAACAUGAAGACCAAGAAGAUCGUGAAGAACAUGAAGAUCGCGAAGAUCGUGAAGUUGAUGACGAUGAUGAGGAGGAUAUUGCAGAGAGUGUUUCCAAUCAAAGUUUUAAUCAAAGAAAUGAGAAAUAUCAUCAACAAAACAAAGAGUAUAUCAAAGAUAAAGGUAAAGACGAUCCUGAUGAGAGUGAAGAUAACAGUGAAAUUGAGUCUGAUGAAGAAGAGAUUAAAAUCAAAGACAAGGUUAAUAAUUCCCAUUUGCAAUUAGAACAACAAAAACAGCAACAACAGAAACAACACCGAAUCAUACAAAAUAUGCCCGCAAAUUUAAAAAUUGAAAAUAUGUCUGAGAACCAGAAAGAGAUAUCCCAUGGGAUUGAGGAGAAUGUUGUCAUAUCGCCAUUAGCAGCGGCAAACCAGUUUCCGUCUACUGUCACUGCUGUCAUACAUCAACUUCCCGUAAAUCUCUCAAUUCGGCCCAUUUCAACAAUGCAAAAUAAUGAAAUAGUAACUGAGAAAUGUAAUUUCUCAAAAAAACCGCGCAAGCCGAACGUGUUUGUUGACGAUGAAAAAUAUGCUAUGGCUAAGACGCUUGUAGCUCAAAACGCUUCCACAAUGGAAAUCGCUCGCGCGUUGAAUGUGUCUCAAAUGACAGCAUGGAAAGUGCGAGAUGCUAUUGUUAAAGGAGUGCCACUGUCUUAUCGAAAUAAAAAAGAAAUUCGCGAAGUAGCACAACACGAAACCAUUGAAGAGUCUACUGAUAAAGGUGCACAAAGACAUUUUGAUAAAAACCAACAACAACAGCAACAAAUUGAACAACAACAACAUCUGUUAUUGCAACAUGAAGAGCAAAUUAAACAGCAACAACUACACUUGCUGCAUCAAAAAUUAGAGCAACAAAAGCAUCAGCAAUUGCAGCAACUUCAGAAACAGCAACAACUACAACAACAGCUUCAGCAACAAAAUCACUUACCGCAAAAAAUACAUCUACCAGAGCAACAACAAUCCUUAACAAACGCAGCAUCUAAAGUUGUUCAUCCUCGUAGACGUCUGAAAGCAGCUGAGCGUGAAGUGCGAGACAAAGAAAUUACACGCGAAAUUUUAGAUUUAAUAAAAGAAGAUAGUAAUAUUCAAUAUUGGAAGGUUUCAGCACGCUUAGCAGAAAAAGGAUUCGCCAUAUCACCGUCAUCGGUGUGUCAGAAAUUGAAGUCGAUGGGAAUACAUCGGCGCUGGAAACCUGGUGACAAGCCACCAACUUUAGAUAUUGAACAAUUGAAAUCUGCAAAUACUAAUUCUUCUUCAGCCGAUGAAGGAUACGAAGCUCAAUUAGAUUUGAGUGGCGCAAAUUUUUUAAAUGCCUUCACGCGUUGAAAAACAACGAUUUAUUUCAAAAAUAAAAAAACUGUGUUCGAUAUAACACUGAAAAUCCAGUGCAAAUUAGUGCUUCAACAUGUUCGACCGUCGAACUGCUCGAGUUCGAGAAUACUCGAAUUCAAACAUUUGGAUUCAACACUUCAAAUGUUCGAAAAUAUUUGUGCUCGAACAGCAAAUCUGUUUUAUCUUUCAUCUUUUUUUUUUGUUCCGUUUAAUACACGUACCCAUAACAACAACUGCUCGAACACCUUAUUAUGUUCACACAUGUUUGAUGGUUCGCUAUAGUCGACCCAAAAGCCCGAGUACAAAUAUACUUGAUCAUUAAAAUGUUUCAAGCUUCGAUUAACUCGAAAAAUAUCUGAAGCAUUAGUAUAAAUAUUUAGAACUAAAUAAUUGAAGUAUUUUGCUAAGAUGAAGCACAAAUUUAAAAGCGAAUAUUAUAAAUAUUUUAAGAUAAUUUUAAA